ACUUUUAUUUACUCUAACAGAUGAACAAGAAGGAAUAAAAUGGUCAAGACAAACGUGACAGUCAUUUCAAAUUUUAUUUUUCUGGGAUUUACUCACUACCCCAAAGUUGAAAUCACUGUAUUUGUGCUGUGCUUGCUGAUGUACUUGAUCACCUUGCUGGGUAAUAUGAUUCUGAUCUCCAUCACCAUCCUGGAUUCCCGCCUACACACACCCAUGUAUUUCUUCCUUAGAAACCUCUCAUUUCUGGACAUCUGGUACACUUCUUCUGCUCUCACUCCAAUGCUGGCAAACUUUGUUUCAGGGAGAAACACCAUCUCAUUCUCAGGAUGUGCCACGCAGAUGUACUUAUCUCUUGCCAUGGGCUCCACUGAGUGUGUGCUCCUGUCCAUGAUGGCGUAUGACCGGUAUGUGGCCAUCUGCAACCCCCUAAGAUACUCCAUCAUCAUGAACAAGAGAGUUUGUGUGCAGAUUGCAGCUGGCUCCUGGGUGACAGGCUGCCUCACUGGCCUGGUGGAAACCAUGUCUGUGCUGCAUCAGUCUCUCUGUGGAAAUAGCAUCAUCAAUCAUUUCACCUGUGAAAUUCUGGCUGUGUUGAAAUUAGUUUGUGUAGACACUUCCAAGGUGCAGUUAAUCAUGCUGGUGAUCAGCGUACUUCUUCUUCCUAUGCCGAUGCUCCUCAUUUGUAUCUCUUAUGCGUUCAUCCUCUCCAACAUCCAAAGAAUCAGCUCAGCGGAUGGUCGAAGGAAAGCCUUUUCAACGUGUGCAGCCCACCUGACUGUGGUGGUUUUGUUCUACGGGACAGCUCUCUCCAUGUACCUGAAGCCCUUGGCUGUAGAUUCACAGGAAAUAGAUAAAUUUAUGGCUUUGGUAUAUGCUGGAUUAACCCCCAUGUUGAAUCCUAUCAUUUAUAGUCUACGCAACAAAGAGGUGAAAGCAGCUGUGAAAAAAUUGCUGAUUAGGAACUCUCUUUGUGCUCUUUUAAUCCAUAGUAGUAAAUAA